AUGAGUCAAAAUAAAACGAUAAUGGAGGUCAACCAGGAAUUGGUGAAGGAACGGGCGAAAUGCAACUUUAAUGUAUUGGAAGUAACGCACAUUCUUGACGGUGGUGAAAAAAAUACACUGCACAGGAAAAAAAUUGAAAGCAUAGCAUUAGAUGAAGGAGCUCAUAAAGACCCAAUACCAGAAGAAUAUUUGAGUCCAAAAGAGAAAUACGAGAACGCGACGGAGCUUGGCCAUGGUACUUUUAUUCGAGGGCUGGAGACCACAGCUACAUAUGACCCUGAAACUGAAGAAUUUGCGCUUCACAGUCCUACGUUAACUUCGUACAAAUGGUGGGCAGGAGGCCUUGGUAAAACAGUAAACUACUGUAUAGUUGUAGCCCAACUUUACACUAAAGGUGUAUGUCAUGGAACGCAUCUGUUCAUCGUUCAGAUUAGAGAUGAGGAAACACAUAUGCCCCUCCCGGGCAUCAAAGUUGGGGAAAUCGGUGCUAAGAUGGGUUUCAAUACUGCGGACAAUGGCUACCUUGCAUUCGAUCAUUAUAGGAUACCUAGAGAGAAUAUGAUGAUGAAGAAUGCAAAAGUUUUAAAGGACGGUACUUACGUUAAACCAGACAGCCACGGGAAGCUGACUUAUGGGACUAUGGUGUUGGUGCGUGUAAUAUUAGUAAACGAGGUUGCUUUUAACCUGGCUAAAGCUUGCACCAUCGCUACUAGAUAUUCUGCCGUGAGGAGACAGUCUCAACCUAAGCCUAAUGAACCAGAACCCCAGAUUCUGGACUACACUACACAACAACACAAACUCUUUAUCUGCAUAGCAACAGCACAUGCACUGCAACUGGCUAGUGCCUGGUUGUGGAAAACAUUUAACGCUGUGAUGUCUGACAUAAAAAAAGGCAACACUGAUAGUCUACCCGAGUUACACGCGUUGUCAAGUUGUUUAAAAGCAUUAAGCACUUCAGACGUCGCGUCUCUGAUCGAACAAUGUCGUUACUCCUGUGGCGGUCACGGUUAUAUGCUAUGUUCUGGCUUACCCAAUAUAUAUUCUUACGUCACCGCUACGAGGACUUACGAGGGAGAUUAUACUAUUUUGUUGCUACAAACUGCGAGAUUCUUGGUAAAAGCGUAUGAACAAGCCGAAGCAGGAAAUCCAGUUACACCAACAGUAUUAUAUUUAAUUGAAUUCGUUUCUGGUAAAAGAACGCCAUGGGAUGGUUCUCCAGAAGGGAUCAUCAAAUCUUUCCAGGACAUCGCAGCUGGGAAUAUAUCUUCAUGUGUAAAGAGCAUAAGAAAAAGAAUGAGCAGUGGGUUAUCAUUCGAAGAUGCAUGGGAACUGACUACCAUACAGCUUGUUGCAGCCGCAGAGGCCCAUUGUCGAGCGGUAAUAUCAGACACAUAUAAGAAAGAGAUAGCAAGAAUUACAGCUUCAUCUAGCACUAACGUUAAAAUAGUGAUGGAACAGCUUGUUAAUUUGUAUUUGCACUAUUGGGCUCUAAAUAGAACUGGCGACCUUUUGCGGUAUUCAUCAAUAUCUGGAGAAGAUGUUGCCAACUUACAAAUGAAAUACGAAGAACUUUUGACUCUAAUACGGCCUAAUGCUGUUGGACUUGUCGAUGCCUUCGAUUUACGUGAUGAGAUACUCCAUUCAGCAUUAGGCAGUUAUGAUGGACAAGUCUACAAAAGGUUAUUCGCAGAAGCUUUGAAGAGUCCCUUGAACCAGGAGCCAGUGAACGAAACUUUCCACAAAUAUUUGAAACCGACAAUGCAGGGGAAACUGUGA